AUGGAGUGUUAUUACAUUGUCAUCAGCUCGGCGCACCUCAGCAAUGGGCACUUUCGCAACAUCAAGGGAGUUUUCCGAGGUCCUCUCAGCAAAAACGGCAACAAAACUCUGGAUUAUGCUGAAAAGGAGAAUACGAUAGCCAAGGCUCUGGAAGACCUUAAAGCAAACUUCUACUGUGAACUUUGUGACAAACAAUAUUACAAGCAUCAAGAGUUUGACAAUCACAUCAACUCCUACGACCACGCACAUAAACAGAGACUCAAGGAGCUAAAACAGAGGGAGUUUGCACGAAACGUUGCCUCCAAAUCAAGAAAAGAUGAAAGGAAACAAGAAAAAGCCCUUCAACGCUUGCACAAGUUAGCUGAACUCAGAAAAGAAGCUGCAUGUGCUCCCGGGAGUGGUCCUAUGUUCAGAUCCACGACAGUUACAGUCCGAGAUAACUUGAACGGCAUCCCUCAACGUGCUCUCAUUGACUCUGCUAAAAAGGAACAAGAAUUCAACUUUGCGUUGCUGCACAGCUCGAAGACUGCUGGCAAUCUUACAUCUGUUGCUUCUUUGUCUCCUGAAUCUGCAAGUAACUGUACGCCGGACAUUAAAAAGCAUGGGGUUCAAAUACAGGGCCUACAUGGACAUAAAGUGGGGUUCUCUUUUGCAUUUCCUAAGAAAGCGGCAGUCAAACUAGAAUCAUCAGCUGCUGCUUUCUAUGAAUAUAAUGAUGAAACAUCAGCAGAACAUGGACUUAGCCGAAGGAGUCGGUUUGUUCCAGGGCCUUGCAACCUUCAGGUUUCAUCCACUGAAGAAAUAGUCCUGUGUUCUGAGGAGAAACCAGGCUCCAUUGCUCCAUUCAUAGAAAAACAUGCCAACAAUACAGAAUCUACCCCACUACAGGACACAAAUGAACCAUCCGGUGAGGAGAACAUAAUACAGGAGGUCACAGAAUUAACAUCCCCUCUUUCUCAUUCAAAAGGGACUGGGCUUGGUGAUUUGGACAGCGUUUGCGUUAAUGUAGAUUCAGCGGUGUGGAUUGAUGAAACACCAUCCAGCAUUGCCCUUGGGAAUCAAACCCUCCCUGGCGAAAGCCAUAGUGACGAGCACUUGGGAAACGAAUGUACAGGUCCCCCUGUGAAUGAAGACUGUUUAUCACAGCCCAAUAUCUGGGAAGAAAAUGAUCAGAACAUUAGCAGCGAUUCAGCCAGCACUCAAGCUGAGAUUAAAAAAUACUCAUCUGAUGGACUGAUUCCAGCAAAUUCUGAAGGGGAAACGAUAGCUUUGCCUUGGAAACAAAAUUCACAAAAAAGACCAUGUGAGCCAUUUGUUCCUGUUCUCAACAAACAUGGAUCAACCAUUCUCCAGUGGCCAUCUGAAAUGUUAAUUUACACCAAUACGGAACCAUCUGUUUCAUAUAGCUGUAAUCCUUUAUGUUUUGACUUCAGGUCAUCAAGGCUGAAUGAAUGCCUGGAGAAAAAUAAACCACAGUCAAAUAUGCCCAAUUCUUCCCAAAAGGCUGGAUCUAGCCAGGGCUUGGUUUUAGGUCACAUAGAUGAAUCUCUUUCAGUGAAUGCUGAUUGUACAACUGACAUCAGUAGACAACCAUGCAGCGAUACAACGCCAGUGACGAUGGAUGUGUCCUUAGCAAGGAGUUGUACUCCUGUAAAAAACCAAGAUGAACUAGGUUUGGGUGCUUUGUGGAUGACUGAAAGUCAAGAAAAGUGCCAUAAUCCCCCAAAAUGCAUACAAGGUUGCUCAUCUGCUAAUGAACAACAAAACAAAGUCUGGAUCAAACGAACACAUGAAAAGUGGUUUCAUAAAACCAGGAAGAGGAAAAGGAGGAGAAAGCUAUGCCAUCACCAUUAUGAGGAAAUGAUUGAGGCAGAUGCUGACAUUUCUCCAGAAGCUGAACAGCAAAGUAGUUGUGGUGGUGUUGCUAAACAUCAUAAGCUUCCUAGUACUGCGGAAAAAGGUGCAGAUGAGAAUGGACUUGGACACUCAGUUGUGGAACGAUUACAGCAGACAUCUGAAACUCUUGGGGUUGAGAACAGUGUAACCAUAUCUACAUCCACACAGGUCCACGGCAAUGAAAGUCCACACCCAGUUUGGAACACGAAAGAUGAUAAGGACUGUUGCAUGAACUCUAACGAUCCGUGGAGAAGGAACAAGGCAAUUUCUCCCAGACAAUCAAAUAAACCAGGAUUGAAUUCCGGAAGAUGCACCUCAGUUUACUCAAGGGCAUUUUGUAGCUGGAAUAUCCGAAGAUCUAGCAGUAGUCCAGACCAUAAACAUUUUGGCUCUUAUUCUGAUGAAAAAUGCACAAAUCAAUCACAGCCUGUAAAGAGAGCGUAUAAUUCUCUCUCCGAUGAGUCGGAGAGAUCCCAUAGAAAACGAAGACAUCAUAUGCACUCCUGUUCAUCAGAUGAAAGUUCAAAUGCACAAUCCUGUUUCUCAGAAGAGAAUUUGAGGCAAUCACAUAGCUUAGCAAUACCAUGUAAAGCUAAACGGAAACGAAGGAGAAAGCGAAGCAGACUGCAUCGUAUGUAUAUGGAGAGGGCACCAAGGAGGAAUGUAAGUGUCAGCUCUCCGAAAGAGGUCUCUACGUUCAACCAUUCUCCUAAACAAUCUACUGAAGAAAAUGCAGAGCCAACAAAAAACCCUUCAGUCACAGAAUAUGCAAAUAAUAUGGAACAAACAAUGCAGACAGUAGAAAGCCAAACAGCCUCACAACCUGAACUUUUACUGUCAGUAGAAACUAUCCAAGAAUCAAACUGUUCCAUUACAGAGAAGACCCCCUAUUUGGAAGAAUUCACAUUUUCUGCUUCUCCUGUUAGCGAACAUAGCGUUCUGUCAACAAUGAAACCCAGGAACAUACUGGAAGAGGCAGAAAAACAUGAAAAUGUGAGUGUUCCUGAAAUCCAAGCUCCUAAUAAAGGGCCCAGUCUGGAAAGAAACCUGGACCCACCUCCCCCUAAAGCAUAUCUGUGCCAUUAUGAAGUGGCUGAGAAUAUACCACAAGAGAAGUUACACCCAUCGCCCAAUGAGUGGCUGCGGUAUAACCCCGGUAUAUUUAGCGCCCCACCGCCUUUGCCCUUUAAAGAAGCACAUAUAAACGGCCAUGCUUUCAUCACCACAGAACAAAUACUUGCCCCGUUCACCUUGCCUGAACACACACUACUCUUGCCCGCAGAAAACUACGACAAAUUCAAAGAGCUACAAUGCGAGGCCUACCACCAGAUCAUCCAGCAAAACAUGUUGGCUAGCAAAAUGAAGCUGGCCUUUCCCCCGGCUGCAGUCCAACCCUCCAGUGCCCCUCUGCAACCCAUGCCUUUGCAGCCGCCGCUGUGUUCUACCUCUGUCACCACCAUCCACCACACUCUUCUGCAACAGCAUGCGGCAGCGGCGGCAGCAGCGGCCGCUGCCACUACAUUUAAGGUCCUUCAGCCUCACCAACAGUUCCUUUCCCAAGUCCCCACUCUUUCGCGGACACCUUUACCUCAUGUGUCAGUUGGGCCAAGACUUUGUCCUGCGGGCCACGCAGCUAUUGUCGGCCCGCCCCAGUUACCGCUCCUUCCAGGUUCUGUUCUCCACCCCAGCCAUUUGGGGUUCCCCCCUUUGCCGCACACGCUGUUCCCCUCCCUCCUAUCACCGCACCCUGCAGUCAUUCCUUUGCAGCCACUCUUCUAGGCCUCACGUGGGACAGGGAAAAUGGACAGGUGAGUCUUCAGUUGAAGAUCCACCAACGUAGCUCAUCAGAGAUGAGGACAAAUCACUCUACCAAUAGACUAUAAUAAAGAGGUUCCGGAAGCCUCCUGAUCUUGGAGCUAUUUGCUAUUGGCCUAACAAUGCAAAGAUUUAUGUGUAAA